GCGGGAGCUGGAAGAAGUGAAAUUCGCUACUUCACCCUUUCAGCACUUAAUCAACACACCACGGUAGCAUCAGACCUGGGAGCUCCAGACGGGAUAGCAUUUGAUUGGAUCCAUAAAAGAAUUUACUAUAGUGACUAUCUAAACCAGACCAUUAGCUCUAUGGCAUUAAAUGGAUCUGAUCGCACCGUGAUUGCUCGAGUACCUCGACCUAGAGCCAUCAUGUUGGACCCAUGCAGAGGUUACAUGUACUGGACAGAUUGGGGAAUGAAUGCUAAAAUAGAGAGAGCAACCCUUGGAGGUAAUUUCCGCACAGCCAUUGUGAACACAAGUCUGGUAUGGCCAAACGGACUGACCCUGGAUUACGAAGAGGAGAGGAUUUAUUGGGCUGAUGCAAGUUUACAGAAAAUAGAGCGCUGCUCUUUAACAGGUACAAACCGAGAAGUUGUGGGUUGGCACAGCAAUUUAUCCAUUUGCCAUGACACUCUAUGACCAGCACAUUUACUGGACUGACUGGAACACAAGGAGCAUUUACCGGGCCAAUAAA